AAAGGCGGCGUGGGCAAGUCCACCACGGCAGGUAGCAGCUUCCUGGUAAAUAGUUAUAGUUUGUUGAGUUGAAAUGUAUUUAAUUGUGUCUGUGCAGUGAACCUGGCACUGGGAUUGAUGGCCAAUGAUCCGGUAAGGAAUAUUCCCAGAUGGCUUCUUCGCUUUUCUUUUUUAAUCCCGCUUCUUCCUGUCAGUCGAAGACGGUCGGUCUGCUGGAUGCUGACGUGUACGGCCCGUCCAUCCCUAAACUGAUGAACCUGAAAGGAAACCCGGAACUGACGGACAGCAAUCGGAUGCUGCCGCUGACCAACUACGGAAUACCUUGCAUGUCCAUGGGCUUCCUGGUGGAGGACGUGGCCCCCAUCGUGUGGCGGGGCCUCAUGGUGAUGCAGGCCAUCGACAGGCUGCUCAGACAGGUGGAGUGGGGCUCCUUGGACUUCCUGGUCAUCGACAUGCCGCCUGGGACAGGUGACGUCCAGCUGUCAAUCUCCCAGAACAUCCCAGUCGCAGGUGAAUGUGCGGUCAUCGUGUCCACGCCGCAGGACAUCGCUCUGCUGGACGCUCGUCGAGGAGCUGAGAUGUUCAAGAAAGUUCACGUCCCGGUUCUUGGUCUGGUGCAGAACAUGAGCGUCUUCCAGUGCCCCAAAUGCAACCAUCAGACUCACAUCUUCGGAUCGGAUGGCGCCCGCCAGCUGGCAGACACGCUGGGAGUCAAACUAUUAGGCGACAUCCCUCUCCACAUGAACAUCAGAGAGAUGUCAGACAGAGGACAGCCGGUGGUCAUCUCGUCUCCCAGCAGCCCUGAGGCGGAGGCGUACAGGAAGGUGGCAUCUGCCGUCGUCCAAAGACUGACGGAGGUCAACACUUGACAGGAAGUCAGCCUGGCAGACCUUUGAGACUGAAAUAAGCACUGAUUCUUUCCUCCGUUCGUUCCACUGAAAAAC